AUUCUUUUACUGUUUUUGUGGGGGUUUUGGUUGUUUUUUUAAUUUUGGUCGGUUGGUUUGGUGUGUCUCCUCUCCCAUGAUUUGUGGCACAUAGUGAAUUCCGCAGGAAGAAAUGCCAUCACUCUCUUUAGUCAGGGGGAAGGCACCUGCCUUGGUACAGUGGGUACGUAACAAAUUAGAGAAGUCUUCAGUUGAGGCUAAGGUUUUGGGCAGGACGCAAGUGAGCUAAAACAGGCGUUGAAUUUCUCUGUGCUUCCACCUUGAGUAUAUAUGCGAAAGGGAUUGUGGACGGACUUCCGUUUGGUUCUUUUCUGUUUUGAUUGGGAAAAGAGCUCAACAACUCGACACGCACAUUUUUGUUCGUUCCUCUGACAGGUUUUUGUUUGUUGUUGUUGUGUUUUUUUUUUUUUUAAAUCCCUCUAUUUUUUAAUGGUGAGAAUCUUCUGGAAAACUUGUCUGCCAGGAAGCUAAGCGCGCCUGCCGUCUGCUCCCGCCUGGCAGGAUUUGGGAGGCGGCUCUCGGCAGGGCCGUGCCGGCCCCGGCGCUCCCCGGGCCGCGCUCUGCGCUCGCCCGCGCCCUGAGCGCCGCCCGCGCCCCGCGCCUGCGCGCAGCGGCCGCUCCGCAGGGCGGGGAGAGCCGCUCCCCGGGCACGCCCCUCGGGAAGCGCGGCACAGAGCCGGGCCUCGGCAGUGUGCGUGUUUCCUGCCGAGUAUGGAGGUGUUCCCUUCUCCUCUGGAGUCCGCCAAGUUCAUAGCGGAGCACAGCAAAGAUGUCUCCGUGGACGAGGAGGGGGCGCGGCGGGUGGCGGAGAGCCUGUUCGACAAAGCCUCGGCGGAGGAGUUCGGGCUGGCGGGGUGGAAAAGCCUCCACGAGCUGAACCCCCGAGCCGCCGACAAGGAGGCUGUAGACUGGGUGUUCCUGGUGGACACCCUCAACUUCUCCUUCUGGUCCGAGCAGGAGGACCGCAAGUACCUUGUGAAGUACAAGGAUAAAACCUACAGCGGCUACUGGUCGCUCUGCGCCGCCGUCAACAGGGCCCUGGACGACGGAAUACCUAUCACCAGUGCAUCCUAUUUUGCCACCAUGACGCUUGACCAAGUUAGGCAUAUAUUUCGCUCUGACACAGAAGUGCCUUUGCCUUUGAUUGAAGAAAGACAUCGGGUACUGAAUGAAAGUGGAAUAGUUCUGUUAGAGAAGUUUGGAGGGUCUUUCCUCACCUGUGUUAAAAUGAGUGAGAAGAGUGCUCAGAAACUGCUGCAUCUCGUACUGGAAAAUUUUCCUUCUUACAGAGAUGAAGCUGUAUUUGAGAAAAAGAAGGUGUCUUUCUACAAACGGGCACAAAUACUUGUGGCUGACACAUGGAGUGUUUUAGAAGGCAAAGGAGAUGGCUCUUUUGGUGAUAUUUCCAGUCUGACAAUAUUUGCUGACUACAGAAUUCCACAAGUUCUUGUUCACUUAAAAGCAAUGAAUUAUUCAGAAGAAUUAAUGAAGAAACUGCGUGAAGGAACGCUUUUCCAGUCUGGAGACAAAGAAGAGGUAGAGAUUCGUGGCUGUUCUAUUUGGUGCUGUGCAUUGAUUUGUAAGCAUCUGCAGGAGCUCUAUCAGAAGAAGGGUCAGGACAUGCAGGAAAAGAUCAAUGCAGUUUUACUCGAUUAUUAUCUUUGGGACUAUGCCAGGGAUCACAGAGAAGAGAUGAAAGAUAUCCCGUUCCACCGAGUACGGUGUAUAUAUUACUAAGUACAGUCUGCUAGCUCUUGUGUUGUUGCCUUAUCUUUUGAAGUGCAGUUUUGCUUUUCAUAUGGUGGUGUGUCAUGCAUUUGGAGCUGUUAAAAUCAAAUGCUUGUUUUCUGGUGAUGUAGUAGUAAUGUGCCUUUUUUGUGCCUUUCCCUCCCCCCUACCCCCCCACUACUGUUUUGUUACAUUUUUUAAAAUCUUUGGCUUGCCCUGAUUGCAAUUAACAGUGUAAACCUUGCUCCAUGUUAAGGUAGGAUUUAUUACUCCUGCUUUGAUCUCUGUAUUGGUGUACAUGGCUGCCUGUGCGCACAGCCAGGUGUGUGCAGAUCCUGUGGUAUACCUUGCUCCUUGGCCACUCCCUGUUCCUGCCCAUUCCCUCCCACACCUGCACGGAGGUGGCAGGUGCUUGGC